UGUCCGGAAGACCACUGUAAAUAUUGUCGUGACGUUUAUCCACCUCCCAUCAGCUGCUGUGCCCCUGGAGCUUAAGACAGCAGUGUUUUUUUUCUCUCUCUCUCUCUCUCUUUCUCUCUCUCCACCUUUAGAUAUCCAGUUUGAUUCCGCAUUUUUUUUGUUUCUCCCAUUAUCGGCAUCUCUGUGUCUGUAUUCCGUCCCGCUUCCUUCUUGUAGGUAGCAUGCAGAAAAGAAAGAAGCCAGAGCCGAUCCAGCUCAACCCGAUUCCUGAUGGCAACACUAUCAACGGAACAGGGGCCUCAGAAACAAACUUGGAGGCUUUGCAGAAAAAGCUGGAGGAGCUGGAGUUGGACGAGCAGCAGCGAAAACGCUUGGAGGCCUUCCUGACACAAAAGCAGAAAGUGGGGGAGCUGAAGGACGAUGACUUUGAGAAGAUCUGCGAGCUUGGCGCCGGCAACGGAGGCGUCGUUUUUAAAGUCUCCCACCGGCCUUCUGGUCUGAUCAUGGCCAGGAAGCUGAUCCACCUGGAGAUUAAGCCAGCCAUCAGGAACCAGAUCAUCCGGGAGCUCCAGGUGCUACACGAGUGUAACUCUCCAUACAUAGUGGGAUUCUAUGGUGCUUUUUACAGCGAUGGAGAGAUCAGCAUCUGCAUGGAGCACAUGGACGGUGGAUCUCUGGACCAGUCACUGAAGAAAGCGGGCAAAAUCCCAGAGGAGAUUCUUGGCAAAGUCAGCAUUGCUGUCAUUAAAGGCCUUUCCUACCUGCGUGAGAAGCACAAGAUCAUGCACAGAGAUGUCAAGCCUUCUAACAUCCUGGUGAAUUCCCGCGGGGAGAUCAAGCUGUGUGACUUUGGAGUGAGCGGACAGCUCAUAGACUCCAUGGCAAACUCCUUUGUGGGCACUCGCUCUUACAUGUCGCCAGAGCGUCUGCAGGGCACACACUAUUCUGUUCAGUCAGACAUCUGGAGCAUGGGUCUGUCUCUGGUUGAAAUGGCCAUCGGGCGCUUCCCUAUCCCUCCCCCUGAUUCCAAGGAACUGGAGCAGAUCUUCGGAUUCCCAGUGGGAGGGGAGGCAGCCUCCAGCGAGUCCUCUCCAAAACCAUGCCCCCCUGGGCGUAUGGGCAGCUCCUAUGGCUCCAACAGCAGACCACCUAUGGCUAUAUUUGAGCUGCUCGACUAUAUAGUGAAUGAGCCUCCACCAAAGCUCCCAGGGAUAUUCAGCACAGAAUUCCAGGACUUUGUGAAUAAAUGCCUGAUUAAGAAUCCUGCAGAGAGAGCAGACUUAAAGCAGUUGAUGGUGCAUCCUUUUAUCAAGCAAUCUGAGGCUGAGGAGGUGGACUUUGCCGGCUGGCUUUGCAGCACCAUUGGACUCAGUCAACCUGCAACACCGACCCAUGGCACCAGCAUGUGAGACUGUCCACUGCAAAGCCAAGACUAUAAGACCUUCGAUUGCUUUUUAUUAUUGCUAAGUGUUUCCAAAGUAAGCAACGGGUCAAGUAAUAACCUUUCAGGCGCAUCUCAAUAAAUUCAAAAAUUAUGAAAAUGUUUAUUUUGGUGAUUUAAAUCAGAAAAGCAAUGGAAAUGAAACCCAAUAAGACUCAUUACACACAGAGGAAUGUAUUUCGUUCCAUCAGAUUGACUCGUGACACGUCAAUCAAGGUCGCAGCCUUGCAGCUCAGAGGCUCAGGCGCGAACGUCACCCAUGACGCAGACAGAGGAGUCAGACAGAGAUGAAAAAACGGGAGAGAACCGUGGUUGACGGUGUCGAUGCUGUGCUGAGGUCCAGUAACACCAGCACUGUGGUUCUUCCAGAUGUAAGUGAACACCUCAGUACCGCGGUGAGGAUGGGAACCUGACUGGAAGACGUCAAAGCGGCUGUUUGUUUAGGAACCUGCGCAACGUGUUCAAUAACCUUACUGAUGAAUGGAAAAAUUUAAAUGGCUUCGUA